AUGGCUACUAGUCUUGUCAAGUGCCUGGUGGUGGUGGUGGCCGUGGCGCUCCUGGCGCUGUCGUCGUGCGGCGUGGCGUCGGCGGCGGGGAGGGGCAGACCCGGACCCAUAGCCACCACCAGGACGAGGUUGAAGCCCGUGUGUGACAUCUUCCCGGGCACCUCCUGCGGCGACCCGCGCUUCACCGGCGGCGACGGAAACACCUUCUACUUCCACGGCAAGAAGGACCAGGACUUCUGCAUCGUCUCCGACGCCGACCUCCACGUCAACGCGCACUUCAUCGGCAACCACAACCCGGCCCUCAACCGCGACUUCACCUGGGUGCAGGCGCUGGGCGUCACCUUCGGCGACGACAACCACCGCCUCUACGUCGGCGCCCCUGCAGGGCCGUGGAGGGACGAGGAGGAGGACCACAUCCAGGUCACCUUCGACGGCGAGCCCGUCGACGUGGACGCCGUCAAGAACGCGCGGUGGGCGUCGAAGGCCGUCCCCGGGCUCUCCGUCACGCGGAUGGACACCGUCAACACCGUCAUGGUGGAGCUGGACGGCGUCUUCGCCAUCUCCGCCAACGCCGUGCCCAUCACCGACAGGGACGACCGGAUCCACAAGUACGGCAAGACGGGCGGCGACAGCCUAGUGCACCUGGACCUGGGAUUCCAGUUCCGUAACCUCACCAAGGACGUCGACGGCGUGCUGGGGCAGACGUACCGCCCGGGCUACGUCAGCAGGCUGGACAUCGGCGCCAAGAUGCCCGUCAUGGGCGGCGCGCCCAAGUACCUGUCCGCCGGUCUCUUCUCCACGGACUGCGCCGUGUCCCGGUUCCACCACCGCAGCGGCGGCGGCGGCGGCGGUGCUGGAGCCGGUGUCGUCACCACGUUCGCCUCCUAA